AACAGGUCAAUAUGCUGCACGAGCUAUGCCUGAUCCUGCUCUUAAUGGCGGGGUACUGCUCUACAGUGCAGGCUCAAUCUCUUCGCUUUCUCUCUCCUCAGCCUUUCACUGCUUAUGUACCAAGCGGGGCCAGUCCUGGUAGACGAGCUUAUCAAGUAUAUGCUGCAGGAACCAACGGGACACUGUCUUACUCUAUAGUGGAGUCAGAUUCAGCUAAUCCUAGUCUAUUCUCCAUUAACAAUGGAACAGGACUGAUAACUAACACAGCUCCUUACCCUUCCACUCCUAACCAAUACAGUAUAACAGUACAGGCUAGUUUGAGUGGCUACAGUCUCAGUAGUAACCUAACUAUCAUAGUGCUGCCAUCGUUCGAUGCAACACCAAGGUUUGAGAGGACAAGCUAUGUUACAAGUAUAACAGAAAAUGGUCUCUCUCCUUUCUCUCUCUUAACCACUCAAGCAUUCUCUCUCUCCACUACUAACAAUAUUGUAUACACUAUAGUCAGUGGUAAUAUGGGAGGAGUGUUCAGUAUAUCUUCUACUACUGGUAUCAUCACCGUCACUAAUCCUUUAGACAGGGAAACGCAUCCACAGUAUCUACUGACAGUCCGUUAUAUUGAUGAUGUGGGUUCUAUUGAUACUCAGGUACAGGUACUAGUGACUGAUGUGAACGACAAUGGACCAGUUUUCAAUAACAGUUACUAUUAUUACACUAUUGAAGAAGGAGUAGCUUUUGGUCGACCUGUUGGUUCAGUUUCAGCCACUGAUCCUGAUAAUGGACUGAAUGGAACUGUCUCUUAUUCUCUCUCUGGUCCCAACAGCAAUAAGUUCAGUGUUUCAAGUGAUGGUCAGGUAUCAACAGCUGCUGUACUAAACUAUGAAGAACUCGUCCAGUUCUCCCUCACAGUCACAGCGUCUGAUAACGGAGACCCACCUCAGUCCUCUACUGCUGCUCUAGUGAUACAACUCAACAAUACUGAUGACGAGUGUCCUUCAUUCUCAGGAUCAGUGUAUGUUAAAGACGUACCUUAUGACUUCACGUCUCCUCCCGUCAUUGGGGACCACAUACUAACAAUAGAAGCAUAUGAUCCUGAUAAUAUUGGGGGCGUGUCCUACUCCCUGAUAUCGGGUAAUGAUGAAGGAGUGUUCCAACUGGACUCGGUCUCAGGUAAUAUCAGUAUAGCCAGGAAUGAGGAGGCCAUUAGAGGACAGUAUGUGCUGAUAGUUGCUGCCUCUGAUGCCAGCUGUGUUAAUAUCAGUCGGGCUCAGGUUGAGAUUGGUAUUGGAUCAGCUAAUGAACACAGUCCAACUUUUGAUGAAUCAACCUGUACUGCUAGUCUAACAGAAAAUCCGCCUAAUGGUACUUUUGUGACGCAAGUGGUUGCUAUGGACGAUGAUUUCGGAGCCAAUGGCCGAAUAACCUACGACAUAUUACCAAAUAUUGGAGACUUUGAACUGUUUGAGGUGAACCCAUCCACUGGGGUCAUCACGACGACACAAGAGAGCCGAAACUAUGACCGAGAGUCUCGCUCAAGGUUUCAAGUGGGUAUCACGGCCACUGAUGGAGGGUACAGACAAGACUUCUGCAUAUUAACGAUCAACCUACUGGACGAGAACGAUAAUGAACCAAUAUUUGACCUAUCAGAAUACAGCACUAAUAUCGGGGACACACCCAUUAACGGCUCUUACAUAAUACAGGUACAGGCACAGGAUAUGGACUUUGGUUCUAACGGUGAGAUACUCUACACUUUAAACAACACCAGCUCCGGUAACUGCCCAUUCCUCAUUGACCAAUUCACUGGUACCAUCACCGUCAGCAGUAGUGUACUGACCACCUCUAACUGUGUACUUAAUAUAACAGCUAGUGAUCAGGGACUGGUCCCUAGACACAGCUCAGUGAUUGUUAAUAUAACCAUACUCCAUGACGGCAAGGUACCUGUAUUCUCCUCCAGCAGUUACAAUGUGACUAUACCUGAGGACUACUCCUCCUCUAAAGCAGUUAUCAAUGUCACUGCUAGUGUUUCUGGUAACUCAUUCAUCUCCUAUCAUCUCAUCAAUGGGCUUGAGUAUCACACCAACAGCUUAGGAAACUUCAGGAUAUUCCCCUCCAGCGGUGAGAUAAGAAUUGAGUCCAAUAAACCGAUAGACUACGAGCGCCUGUACCCUGGACCCUACUCCUUCAGGCUACAGGUAACGGCCAGUGCUGCUAAUGUAUUCAGCUCUACAACAGUCACUGUACAUGUGACUGAUGUCAAUGAUAACUUCCCUACCUUCCCUGAUACUGACGGUGACCCCAGUACUCCUCCUAGCAUCACCUUUAAUGUGGUGGAGGGGCAACCCCCAGGGCCCGUGGGUAUCGUCAAGGCAACAGAUAACGACACAGGGAUUAAUGGAGUCAUUGAGUAUGGGCUAAGAAGUGCAGUGCCUUCAAACUCUAAUUUCAGUGUUGAUCAGAAUGGGACGGUAUACUCCCUCGCUACAGGACUAGAUGCUGAAGCUGUCUCCAUGAAUUACAUGUUAACGAUUGGUGCCUUUAAUCCUGGGGUACCUAAUCAAGAAGGUAUCAUUCACGUAUUCAUUGCAAUAGAAGAUAUUAAUGAUAACAGACCAGUCUUUACUCAGUCAGUGUAUAAUAUAUUACUUAAUGAGACUCAGCUAGUACCUCAUUUAGCUUUGGAGUUAACUGCUAAUGAUCCUGACAGGAAUGAUCAGGGUAGACUAGUGUACGCCAUCUUGUCUGGUAAUACUGAAGCAACUUUCCAAUUGAGGAAUAAUGCUGGUAAAGGAGAGCUGUAUCUAAGACGUAGCCUUGACUAUGAGAGGUAUACCCAGUACAGUCUCUCAGUACAGGUCAGUGAUGGUAUCUACACUGAUACUGCUACUGUCAGUGUACUAGUGAUCAAUGUUGAUGAUGAACCACCUAUAUUCAGUCAAUCACUGUACACUGCUAGUGUAGUGGAGAGCUCACCUAUCGGUACUGUAGUGUUAACUGUUAACGCAACUGAUCUUGAUUCUAACAUGAUCCAAUACGAGCUGAAAGGUUUAGCAGAAGGACGGUUCUCCAUUGAUAAUAACGGAGUGAUCAGGAUCAGUGGAGGGAUAGACCGUGAGGAGUUCCUACCAAGUGAAGAGAUAGUGUUCCUAGUUUUUGCCUAUGGAGGGUCACUAUCAACAGCUGAUAUCAGUAUUCAUAUUGAUGAUAUUAAUGACUAUUAUCCUCAGUUCCUCUUCGCCCCAUUCUACGGUACAGCCCCUGAGAACACACCCCCUGGACCCCAAGGACUGUACAUCACUACAGUAAGAGCAGUUGAUCUUGAUAAAGAGGAGAAUGGGACACUGACCUAUUCACUAGUGACUAGGGAACAGGAUGGGUUCAGUAUAGACCCAGUGACCGGGGUCAUUAUCGCUAACAGGACCUUCGACCGGGAGACGACCAGGUUCUUUCAACUGGUAACCAUGGCAACUGAUAACGGAGGUGCAAUACAGCUCUCGUCAACAGUAGAAGUGAUAGUAGAGAUCAGUGACCAUAAUGACAACCAGCCCUCAUGGGUCUACCCAUACAUGUAUGCUAGGGUCUAUGAGAAUGAAGCAUUAGGCCAUGUAGUGAUACAACUACCAGCCACUGAUCCUGAUAAUGGAGUCAAUGCUACUAUAUUCUUCACAUUGAUCAGUGGGAAUGAUGAUAAUAAGUUUAACCUCACAGCUAGUACAGGUGAGGUAAGGGUAGCAGGGUCUUUAGACUAUGAGAACUUGGCCGAGAGAAGGUACCUCCUGUACUUCAGUAUAAUGGACGGAGGGAGUCCACCUUUGAGUAGUCCUAAUGUGGGGGAACUGGAGAUACAUGUGCUUGAUGAUAACGACCAUUCACCAUUGUUUGAUACUCAUUAUUCUACCAUUGUACUACCUGAGGAUACUCCAAUUAAUGCCCACCUCAUAACCCUCACUGCUACUGAUACUGAUCAAGGUACUAACAGUUUAUUGAGUUAUGGGAUCAGUGAUGGUGAUUCAAAUCAUGAUUUCAAUCUGAUAUCUCACUCAAAUGGCUCAGUAACACUGAUACUAGCUAGAGCCCUUGAUUUUGAAAGUAGGCCUAACUACACUUUAUCACUAACAGUAACAGACCAUGGCUACCCUCCAUUAACAGACAGAGCCAUCAUUAACAUCACACUAACUGAUGUUAAUGAUGAACACCCAUUAUUCAGUAGUGAUCAUUUCACUGGCUCUAUAGCAGAGAAUAUGAACACUCUACCAGUAUCACUGCUGUACACUGGAGCUACUGAUCCUGACUCUGAUGAAAUACCUGGAGGACUGAUUGAUAGGUAUGAGCUGGUAUGGAGUGAUGAUACUAAUAAUAACUUCAAUUACAAUAAUGGCUGGUUGACUGUAGUACAGUCACUGGACAGAGAGACCAAAGCCCAGUAUCACUUUAUAGUACAAGCCGUUGAUAAUGAUCCUAUCUCUCCUCUUAGCAGUACAGCAACCAUCACUGUUACUGUAUUGGAUGUGAACGAUCACCCAUCACAAAAUGGAGGACAGUUACAGGUUCUAAUUAGAGCACAGGACGUCCGCUUCCCUGCCCAAGAGCUAGGACUAGUCUAUUUCAUUGAUUCUGAUGAUAAUGACACAUUCACUGCCUGCAGUAUAGUAUCAGGUGACAAUCACCUGUUCAACAUUCACUCCAGCAACUGCUCCCUCUACUCUACAGUGUCUGAUUUCCCUGCUGGAGUAUCUUAUGGGGUUGAGGUACGUGGUCAUGAUGGGGUUCAUGAUUUUGUAAUGACAACAGUUUCAAUAAUAAUGCACAACGUUAGUGUAGUCCCUCCAGUGAGCUCACUGAUCAGUAUCACUCUGAAUGUAUCAGGGGAUCAAUAUCUGGAUCAAUUCAGAUCAAGUAUUGUUAACGUGAUCAGUGAUACAGUAUCAGUUCAAUCAACAUCAUUGAAUAUACUAACAGUACAACAGGGUCACCAUGAUCCAGAUAAUACUGUUGAUCUUUUAUUUGCUGUUAUGAGCAGCAAUGGCGUCUUCAUGGACCCAACUUACAUCAUUAAUAAACUAUACCUGGAGCGGUCCAGUAUUUAUUCCAAUCUAUUAUAUUCUCUUCCAGUGGAUGCGUGUAUUAAUGAACCAUGUGCUAAUCUCGGCCAGUGUACCACUAUACUCUCCAUUAGCACUAACCAUACUUCAAGAUUAGCCUCCAAGUGGUACAUCCUCUUCAACCCAUUGACCAGUGUCACCUACCAGUGUACCUGUCUACUGGGUACGACCGGCGACCACUGUGAGGUUAAUUACGAUGAUUGCUAUAGCAACCCGUGUCAAUAUGGCGGUACAUGUACUGAUGGUAUUCAGGACUAUACAUGUACCUGUCCGGAGGGUACAGCUGGUAAAGACUGCAGUAUCAAUAAUGAUGAGUGUGCCAGUAGCCCUUGUAUCAAUGGGGGUACCUGUACUAACGGGUUUAAUAGACAUGAGUGUAUCUGUCCUGUUGGUUACUAUGGUGAUCGUUGUGAAUAUGCUUAUUUCAUUCCGUCUUCAUUCUGUGACUCCUCCCCUUGUCUCAAUAAUGGAACCUGCAGUAAUGGAAGGGAUUCCUUCACUUGUGUCUGUAGCUCUGAUUUCAUUGGUCGAUUCUGUGAACAGUCGGCCCAGUUCCAGGGAGGUUGUUCCAACAAUCCUUGUUAUAAUGGAUCAACCUGUACAGAGACAACUAACGGGUAUACAUGUACAUGUUCCGUUGGAUUCACAGGCCCUAACUGUCGGUUCCCUCUUAAUAACUGUGAGCUGGAAUACUGUAGAAAUGGCGGUACUUGUGAAAGAGGAUUGUAUGGAGCUUACAACUGCCUCUGUCCAUUUGGUUAUGGUGGACAGUACUGUACUGAACUAUUAUCACUCUGUCAUUCAUCUCCUUGUCUUAAUGGUGGCACUUGUAUUGGUAACACCUCCUCUUAUACAUGUACAUGUACCCGCGGGUAUUACGGAGAUACCUGUCAGUAUCCCAUAGUUCCAACUGAUCUCUGUACUACACUUUCUCCCUGUAACUCCACAUCAGUCUGUAGUCCAGGGUCUGGUAACUAUACUUGUGUCUGUACUGAUGGCUCAGGUGGUGAUGAUUGUUCAUUAACGUUACCUUCUCCUUCUCCCUGUGAUUCUAACCCUUGUCUUCAUGGCGGCCAGUGUACCAAUAACGGUCCACUGUCCUUCCAGUGUACCUGCCCUGUGGGGUACACUGGCUCAAACUGUCAGGAUGACAUUAACGAGUGUUCCCCUAACCCUUGCUCCAAUAAUGGCGUCUGUUAUAACGGGUUCGGGAGCUACAUAUGCACCUGUACCACAGGAUUCACUGGCCGGGAGUGUCAGAUACAGUGUCCUGCUGGUCAUGAUGGAGAGAACUGUGAAAUUAACAUCAACUACUGUCGACCUGAUUCCUGCAGUAAUGGAGGCUCCUGUAUAGAGACUGAUGACGGAUAUACCUGUACAUGCCCACCAUCUUACACAGGGCCUGACUGUACUCUGGCUAAUGAUUGUAAUGUUAAUUCAUGCACUAACAGUGGGCAGUGUACUAAUGACACUGCUAGUGGGUUUAGGUGUACAUGUAGAGAUGAAGAGAUGAGAGAUGAUCAUUGUAGACUGAAUACUGUUAGUUUUAAUGGAGAUCAGUCUACUCCUAGUUAUAGAGCUUAUGGAUCCAUUGAUUUCAGGUCAAGCGGUGAUAUCCAGUUUGAUUUCUCAACUCAGUCAAGUAAUGGAGUGUUACUGUUCAACACACAGCAUCAGGGAGGGAUCAGUGCUGAUUUCAUAUCAGUGGAGAUCAGUGGCAGGAUCCUAUUAAUUAAAUAUUCAUUAGGAGGUGCUGAUAAUAUUAAUAAUGUCAGUAUAUUAUCAACUUCAGUGAGUGUGGCUGAUGGACACUGGCACACACUACUCAUUAAUAUAAGAGGAAACUCACUAGUAGCUACACUGGACUAUUGUAUUCAACUAAUGAACACUCACUCAUCACUCGACUGUACUGCUAGCAUCACUGCUAACACCAACUACAGUUCCCUAGAGUUAGGGUUACCCCUGUGGUUAGGAGGAGUCCCAGUAUCAGCUCCACUACUACCAGCUGGAGGGAUCAACGCCUGUAUUAGGAACCUACUGAUGGACGGAGUAAAGAUUGACCUGGGGGGCCACGUGGAGGAGAUGAACAGUCAAAAUGGAUGCCCUCAAAUAUACAAUUCUUGUGAUGGUAUUACCUGUAAUGAAGGCUCCUGUACCCCACUGUGGUAUGAUUAUAUCUGUAUCUGCCCUCACAGAAUAACUGGAAGAAACUGUACACAAGAAGCACAGGGACUCACUUUUAAUGGUCGCUCGUUGCUAUGGUACAGUCUGGUGGUUGCCAGGGGAGGGAGGACUCGACGACAGACCACACCUACUCAGUCCCUGUCUAAUUACAGGGAGAGUGUGUCACUCUGGUUCAGGACUGAAGAGAAUAAUGGAGUACUGUUUAUAAUAGGAAGAAUCACUGGGGAACACCUGAUGAUCAAAUUACAGGACGGUAGGUUACAUCACUCCAUUAAUCUGGGAUCAGUAACUGAUACCUUCACUACUGCCUCCACUCAUCAUGAUGGUCGCUGGCAUCACAUCAACAUAUCACGAGUCGGACUGAUAUCUCAAAUCAAUAUCGAUGAUACCAGAAUCAACUUAACACACUCUGGACCUGAAAUCACUCUAGAGUACUCGUCCAAUCAGAUUUACUUCAGCGGGAACCUCCUUAGCAACCAAACGGUAACCGAUGGUUACACAGGUUGUAUCCAGGACGUGCGUCUUGACCACACCCCUCUACCAGUUGCCGAUAGCAACCAAUACGCAUCAGUGACAUAUAUUGGCGAUACUCCUGAAUCAGGUUGUAGGGUUGGGCCAUGUUACCCUAAUCCAUGUAAUACAGGUACAUGUACAGAGACGACUCAUAACACGUUCCUGUGUACAUGUAAUGGGCGGAGCCAGACCUCUCCCUGUGACACGCCCAACUCCAACAAUACCAUAAUAGGAAUAGCGGUCGCCGUGGCGAUAUUAAUAUUCAUUAGCGUCCUCAUUGCAGUACUGGUGAUAGGACUGCUCAUAAUAUCCAAAUAUGGUAAAAGGAAGAAGAAAUAUUCACUGAGUGAUACAGUCCUUGGAAGGGGCGGGGUCGGGCGGAGCAACGAACAUAUUGAGAUACACGCUAACCUCUAUGCUUAUGAUGAGGAGGGAGGAGAACAAGAUACCAGUGUUAAUAAUGGUAACCAUGACAACACGAUGGAUCACAGUCCGAUUGUUAACGAGGGCCGAUACUCACCGUCAAUGUCUACCCUGGAGAGGAAUAGGGACUAUGAUAUACCACGGAGCAGGAAACAAUUCACUCCGUCCUCACUAAAGAAAAUGAGAGAGAAUAAUCCACCUCCGGUCCCGCCCCACUCCGAGACUCCGCCCACAGGAACGACCCCUCCUGUACGAGGGACACCUUCCUUAAAAGGACGUGGUGACUCCGCCCACAGCACCCCGCCCGUACAUCACUUACUCCAUCCAGUACAGGAGACUCCGCCCGUUACAAUAAUGCCGUCACCUCAUCUACCAAUAAAAGAGGAGGGAACAAAGGAGCAACCAAUAGCCGUGGAUACUCCCCCUCUACCACUAGCUAAACCCACUACCAGUGUCAGUGAUAGGGUUACCUCUGAACUAAGGACUAAAGGGAUCCUACCACUGAUAGUUAACCAACCAGAGCGGGCCAGUACUCCUGAUAUAGAUCGGUUCAUUGAAGAUAAAGUGAACAAUGCCAACAAUACAGUACAGGACAUUGACUCAUUGAGAGAAUACUCUGAUGAAGGGAUUGAGAUUAAUGAUGGAGGCAGUCUCAGUGAUAUUAGUCAGGUUUCUUUUGAACUAUACACUUUCCAGCAGCUAAGAGAGGCUGGUGAUCCUUUCACUAACGUUGCUGAUAUACUGGAACCAGUUUAUGAUGAGGAGGAGAGUGAAGAAGACUCUGAUACUAGUACUGAAGGGGGCGGGGACUAACUAAUUAAUUAGAUCUAUAAUUUUUACUAAUUAAUAUUCAUGAUGUGCUUUAUAAAUUUUACUUGCAAAAGCAAAUUUUUUAGAAAUAAG